AUGGAUCACCUUCGGGCCCACCUCUGGCCCGGUGUCUGCUCUCUCUGUUUAUUGCUCGCUGGGGCCGCCUGGGCUUCCCCACCCAAAUCCCUGGACCCCAAGUUUGAAAGUAAAGCGGCCCUGCUGGCUGCCCGCGAGCCCGAAGAACUUCUGUGCUUCACCGAACGGUUGGAGGACUUGGUGUGUUUCUGGGAGGAAGCGGCAAGCGCAGGGGUCGGCCCCAACAACUACAGUUUCUUUUACCAGCUCGAGGGUGAGCCAUGGAAGCCAUGCAGCCUGCACCAGGCGCCCACGGCUCACGGCGCUGUGCGUUUUUGGUGCUCGCUGCCUACGGCCGACACGUCGAGCUUCGUGCCCUUAGAGCUGCGCGUCACAGCGGUAUCCUCGGGCGCUCCACGCUAUCGCCGUAUCAUCCACAUCAACGAAGUGGUGCUCCUGGAUCCCCCCACGGGGCUGCUGGCGCGGCGGGCCGACGAGGGCGGCCACGUGGUACUGCGUUGGCUCCCGCCUCCUGGGGCCCCGGUGGCCAGCCUCAUCCGCUACGAAGUGAACAUUUCCUCUGGCAACAUCGCAGCGGGCGCACAGAAGGUGGAGAUCCUAGAUGGUCGCACUGAGUGCUUGCUGAGCAACCUUCGGGGUGGAACGCGUUACACCUUCAUGGUACGCGCGCGGAUGGCCGAGCCGAGCUUUGGUGGCUUCUGGAGCGCCUGGUCCGAGCCUGCGUCGCUGCUGACAGUUAGUGACUUGGACCCCCUCAUCCUGACGCUCUCCCUCAUCCUCGUGCUCAUCCUGCUGCUGCUGGCCGUGCUCGCCCUGCUCUCCCACCGCAGAGCUUUGAAGCAGAAGAUCUGGCCUGGCAUCCCAAGCCCUGAGAGUGAGUUUGAGGGCCUCUUCACCACCCACAAGGGUAACUUCCAGCUGUGGCUGUACCAGAAUGAGGGCUGCCUUUGGUGGAGCCCCUGCACACCCUUUGCAGAGGACCCACCCGCUCCCCUGGAAGUCCUCUCUGAACGCUGCUGGGGGGCAACACAGGCCGUGGAGCCAGGGGCAGAGGAUGAGGGACCCCUGCUGGAGCCAGUGGGCAGUGAACAUACCCAGGACACCUACCUGGUGCUGGACAAGUGGUUGCUGCCCCGGAACCCCCCCACUGAGGAUCUGCCACGGCCUGAUGGCGGUUUGGACAUGGUAGCCAUGGAUAAAGGCUCAGAAGCAUCCUCCUACUCAUCUGCUUUGUCCCUGAAGCCUGGGCCAGAGGGGGCCUUGGGUACCAGCUUUGAGUAUACCAUCCUGGAUCCCAGCUCCCAGCUCUUGCGCCCAAGGGCACUGCCCCCUGAGCUGCCUCCCACCCCACCCCACAUAAAGUACCUGUACCUCAUGGUGUCCGACUCUGGCAUCUCAACUGACUACAGCUCAGGGGGCUCCCAGGGAGCCCAGGGGGACUCAUCGAAUGGCCCCUUCUCGAAUCCUUAUGAGAACAGCCUCUCCCCAGCCCUGGAGCCUUCACCUCCCAGCUACGUGGCCUGCUCCUAGGACUCCAGCCCUCAGAUGCUUGGAGACCCAGGAUGACCUCAAGUGCUAGUCCAGGCCUAAGACUUAUUGAGUAGGGUUGGUGAGGCCACCCUUGGGUUUCUGCCCAGUCCAUCCUUGCUCAGUCCAUCCUUGCAGUAUUUUGAAAUUGUAUAGAGUUGUGUGUGUGUGUGUAUGCAUGUAUGUGUGUGUCUUUUUUUUUUUCUUUCCCAUCAUGACUUCUACAAACAUCCUGUAAGCCCCAUCUUUCCCUGGGCCCAGGCCAUAGGGGCAGCAGUAAAAGGCCUCGAGCUCCAACUCAAAUUUUGGAUCUGGCAACCUGAAUAAUAAUCAUAGUAACAUGAAUUAGUCAGUAUAUGUUAUACUAGCUGCCAUAACAAACAACUCCUAAAUAUGAGUGACUUAACACAUCAAAUGCUUUCUCUCUAUUUCAAUGCAAACCUGUAUAUGGGCAGCCAUCUCUGGGACAAGUGAGAAGCCCGGACUCUUCUGGUCUCUGGCUUCACCAUCCCCCCAGGGCCACACUGAGAUCUUUAGAUGGGUCCUCUGUGUCUUGCCAACCAACAAGCAGAACAAAGAGCAGAAGAUUUGGUGGGCCAUUUUAGGGAGUAGGCUAAGAGGUAGUAAUCAUCUCUUCUUCACAAAUUCCAUUGGCCAGAAACACUCAAGGAUCCCUGUGGGAUCACAGGAUCUCACAGGCAGCUGGGGAAAAAUACAGUUUAGCUGUACUCCCAAGGAGCGGAAAGUUGUUGAAUGAGCCUCUAGCUAGCCUCUGCCACUAAUAAAAAUGACACUAUUUUGUAAGAUUUUAUUUUGAAUUAGGCCCUGUUCUAAGAAAGUACUCUGAUGGGACCCAUGUUAUCAGGUGGCUCACUGGGAGUUCUGUUCAACCACUUUUUAGAAGUUUGACAUAACCAAGGAAAGAUGAACAUAUGCAGACCUACUCUACCAAUUCCACUUCUAGUAUAUACCUUAAAAGCCCUCAUGGAUAUGAGCCAGUAUAUGUGUGCAAGAAUGUUCAUAAGCGGGGUGCCUGGGUGGCUCAGUGGGUUAAGCCUCUGCCUUUGGCUUGGGUCAUGGUCUCAGGGUCCCGGGAUUGAG